AUGGCAAGCAAGACCGAGAACGGUGAGAACGAUGCCGCUCCCGGCACGCCCAAGGCUGCUGGUGGUGGCUACAGCUCCCUCACCACACGCGAGCAGGAGAUCCUGGCCAAGGCCAUGACUUGCCUUAAGACGGCUCCUGAGAUUGAUUUUCCUAAGCUCGCCCUCGAGCUCGGCAUGACCAACCCUCGCUCGGCCGUCAAUGCUUGGUCUACGAUCAAGAAGAAGAUGGACUGGACUCUCAAGGCUCCUGACACCCCCGCUGGUGGCAAGACCACCGGCGCGGGCAAGCGCAAGAAGGCUGUGUCCAACGACGAGGAGGCCGACGAUGAUGAUGAGGCUGGUGGUCCCGUAAAGAAGGCCAGGGUCGCUGCAAAGCCACGCAAGAAGGCCCCUGCCACCCCCAAGAAGGGCAAGGCCGCCGCCGCCAAGUCUCCUGUUGUCGCCAAGGACGACUCAGAGGAAGACGAGAUCGAGACUGAGGACAAGGCCGAUUCCAAGGCAGACGUCAAGGACAAUGUCAAGGAGGAGCAGGACAACGGCGAGGUUUAA